AAGCAGAGUCAAGAGGGCAAAGAACAUACAAAAGAAGAACAGAUAAAAGUGCCUUGAAAAUUACAUCGGAGUGAAAGAAUUCAUUCACAGAUAUAUCGUGUAUUGCUUUUGACUGGAGUACAAAGGGAGAAGAAAAAUAUCCUGUUUGCCGAUUUGAGAUUAACGAACUGGUUCAAAAUAAGAGCUCACCGUACGUGCGACUGCACGCGAUCAGCAUUUUGGACUAGGAGGAAUCGAAGUAUUAUACUCAAUGCGUGUUUAUGUAUUUUUAGACUCCAUAAAAAACUUCGUCGGUCAAGGAAGGCCAGAGAUUUCGCAAUAUGGGAACUUGGAUCAUAAAUGCCCUAUGAAUUGGACUAAUGAAAACAGUAAUUGAUUGUUUAGAAUAACACAACCACGUUCAUGUAGUACAACGAGCCCGACAACAAGGUCAUCUAACCGCAAAUAAUCUUCUCAAAUCGUUCGAAAGUUUUUUUUGUUGUGGUUUUGGAAUAAGGAGGAGAGGCGCACUUCGACACAUCCGAAGCGAGACUGGACUCAAAUCAAUCGAGUUUAGUUUGCCUUCAUAUUACAUUUGCAGAUUCAGAUGUACACCACGCCUCACCCAUUAUGACGUCACAUGUAUCUCCUCCGUUCAACCUGUCAUUCACUGAAGCGUCAUUCUUCGGGCUGAGCAACCUCGGUGUGUCGCAAUGCCUGCUCGACCACGGAUCCGUCGUCCUCUCCGACAUGCAGGCGAUAGGUGGGUCGUCAUCCAGUGCCGUCAUCGCUGCUGUCAUGUUGACGGCUCCUGAAAAGUUGCAGGAUUUACUCUGCGGCCUGUACAGUAUUGUCGACGAUAUUUCGUCCCUCCCCUACGGGGCCAUCACACCAGGCUUUGAUUUCAUUGGUAGACUCCGCGCGCUCCUCACCCAGCUUCUACCAAUGAACGCACACGAAUUAGCAUCUCAUAAAUUAUUCAUCAAGGCUACCGAGUUGCGAUUGGUCGAUAAGUACGACCCACUGACCGUUCAUGACGUCGAUCAAGGGACGAGCUCGUGCGUGAGAACGAAGGGACCGAAAGUAUUCGAGGUCGGUGAUCGGGUUUGGAGCUUAGGAUCUGAGGUUCAGAUCUCAAGUUAUAGUACCAGAGAAGAGCUUAUUGAGGUGAUCCUUGGGAGUGUCUUCGUUCCCUGGUUCACAAUGUGGACACCGCCCUCUAUAGACGGCAAGUUCCUUGGUGACGUCACACUGUCCCGGAAGGAGAACCUCUCUACCGACGUGACCUUUAAAUUCCCUUCGGGCAAUCUGAUCAAGAUCUCACCAAAUCCGAAAAACCGCCUCAGGAUGCGAGACAAGAUCGCUUGCGGUUGGGUGGACACAACCGGUCAGCGGUUCGACAUCAGCGCGCUGCAGAUGUACCGAAUUGGGGAUGGGCUAUUCCCGCCCCCAAAGGCGUAUCUUGAGACUUAUUUUGCGGACGGGUACGAAGAUGCGACUCGAUUUUUGAAGCUGUAUCAUAUCUACGAGGAAAACGGGAAAGGUUAUAAACCCCAACGGGACUCGUAUGCUGCUAUUCAUUCGGUUGAGGAUCUUCGGUGAGGACAAAUCACCAUGGAUACAACCAACCAUCGAAUCGUCAGGGUUUUGGUUUCCGGUUAUAGUCAGAUCCGGGUAUCACGAGCUUUCAUCGGGAGUGAAUAAUUUUCUGAUACAGACUUUAAGAAAAGCUUCGGAAAUAGAAAAGAUAUAUCUUUUGACCCGUCAUUUUGGGGAAAAUGAAAUCGGGUUACCAUCGAGAAAGAAUUAAUCCUCAACACCAAGUCCCUCGAACGGAGAGGUCCUUAAGCCUUCGGUCCUCUGGUUGCUUGCUUACAAGCAUUCAUGCUUUCUUGGCAAUCAGGUAAAACAUCACUAACCACCUUAUUAUUCGGCGAAAGCUCUACUCCCUCUGGCAACUGUCAUGCAUGGUGGAAAAAACAUUUACCACUAAUUUCCAGUGUGUCGUCUGCUGGUCGAAUCUCAGUCUAUUCUACCCUUGUCAGAUGUGAAAUUAGAAAAAAAGAUUAUAUUCGAGCAAUAAGAGAAUAAAGUAUGAUUUUAGAAAUGAAGUAUGCUGGUUAUUGUGAAUCUAAAUAAAAAUUUUAAAA